ACUAUGGAUUCUUAAUGCAGUACUUGAAGAAUCAAUUUCUGGUAGACUAUUCCUUUGAGAAAAGUGGUCGAAUUUUGAAGCUUGACUCCAUUAAUAGCAGCUCAUUCUGGAGAGGAGCUGAUGUUUUAAUCUUUAACAGUUAUCACUGGUGGACUCAUACCGGCAAAUUACAAGCGUGGGAUUUCAUUGAGCUUGGUGGCAAACAAUUUAAAGAUAUGGAUCGUAUGAUGAAAGCAUAUAAAAUUGGGUUGACUACUUGGGGUAAAUGGAUCGACUCCAACAUUGAUCCUACCAAGACUAAAGUGUUCUUUCAAGGAAUUCCUGCAGUCCAUUUUGCUGGUGCAGACUGGGAUGAGCCAAAGGAGAAAACUUGCAGCGGCCAAACUAAACCCUUAGGAGGAUCAAGUUAUCCAGGGGAAAGAUAUCCAGGAGAACCUGUCAUAAAGGAAGUAUUGAACACAAUGAAGAAGCCUGCUUAUUUGCUUGAUAUUACGUUAUUGACUCAAUUGAGAAACGAUGGGCAUCCAUCUUUGUAUGCCGAACGUGGCACACUAGACUGCAGCCAUUGGUGUGUUGCUGGAGUACCAGAUACUUGGAAUCUGCUAUUGUAUUAUUUCAUAAAAGUGCUUUUUUAAUUAAUUAAUUGAUGAUAGAUCCUCUCAGUUGAAAAAUACAACAUUCUUGUCAUGUAAAAUAACAAAUUGAAAGGUUGUCCCUAUGAUUAAUCAAGUAGUUAAAAGUUCACAAGUUGGAUCGCAGUGUCACAAAUUAGAAUUCUUAUAACAGUAUGGUCAUAAGUCGGAUUGUUGCAACGUCGAUACUCCAUUAUAGAUAAGCUAUGCUGAGAGAAAUGCAAUU